UAAGGCCCAUUGGUUACGAGUCCUACCAGAGUCGCUUCCUUAAACCCUCAAAAGUCAAAAUUCAGAAUCGAUCUUAUCUACUUACCGCCGUCGUCGAGUCGCCGCCGAUAUGCUUCGUCGUACCUUUUACAAACGCGCACGUGAUGAGAUAGCUUUCUGUCGUCGCUUCUUGCACGUUCAAGCAGAACCCGACUCUGAGAUCAUUAGUAAGAAAGAAGCACCAGAGCCUCAGAACGAGACCAAAGACUGGCAAGAUCUGAGGAAGAACAGGUUGACAGCUAGCAACUUCUCACGCGCCAUCGGGUUCUGGCCCGAAGGUAGACGCGAGCUUUGGCUAGAGAAAGUCGGUGUAGCCAAACAGUUCUCCGGAAACGAAGCCACGUUCUGGGACGCUGAUAACGAAACCGAAGCGCUCGAGAGAUAUAAACUGUUAACAGGGAACGAAGUCAUCGCUAGACCUGGAUUCGUUGUCUAUAACAAGAACGGCGAAGAGACAAACUGGCUAGGAGCUUCUCCUGAUGGAUUGAUCAAUGGAGCGAGUUCGACUUCUGUUGUAGAAGUGAAGUGUCCGUUUUACAAAGGAGGUGGUGAUGGGGAGAAGCCGAGAGGAGCGUAUCCGUGGAAGAAGGUUCCUUAUCAUUGUAUUCCGCAGCUUCAGGGUUUGAUGGAGAUUGUGGAUACGGAGUGGUUGGAUCUUUACUGCUGGACUCGUAACGGGAGCAGUCUCUUUAGAGUUUGGAGAGACAAUGCUUUUUGGGAGGAGAUGAGGCCGGCGCUCGUUGAGUUUUGGGAGAAGCAUGUGGUGCCUGCUAGGGAGAUAUACAAUGACGUGGGUAUCAAGGAUCCUCAUGUGAGGCUGAGAGAGUUUAGCCCUAAGCGAAGGCAUGGAGAUUGCAAGAAGAUUAUGCGUAGAGCUGAGAUUCUUAGUGAGAGUUGUAACCGUUUGUUCUAUGAAAUCGAUGGGAAUCUUGUAGAUUGAUUUUUUUUUCAUCUUUUUGUUACUUUUUAAGUUCAGUGUUUACAUUGUGUACUUAUCUGUUUCUUGUUCUGAAUAAUAUGGGGAUGUGAUUCUUGUUUA